AAGUGGAGAUAAUGUAACAUGUCCAUUAGACAAAUUGCUGUGCGUUUUUAAUAAUAAUAAGCCACAGAAAUAUGGUUGUGAAACGCGUAUUCGCUACCCCAUAUCAGGUGUGGCCUAUUGCGCAAAAAUGUACUGUGCACAGGAGGAAUUUCGUUAUGGGAAACCCCCGCACAUCACAUACUGGAAUCGCACUGCCUUUGAUCAGUUUGCAGCGUUACAGGAUCAGUGCUUUUUGUCCAAUGGAUUGAUCUUCAAAAGAAAAUGUUUGUUAAGGCAGAUGCGUGCCGAAUGGGAAGCCAUUCCGCCCGCCUCACAAAUUCGAUGCACGCCUCUGAAGAAAGAUAUCGCCACAAACGAGAGCCAGAUAUUACAUACGGACAACCCCGACUUAAAAAGCAUUCAAAACGAAAUACUCACUGGUCGCCGUCACUUAAAUGAAUCCCAGGAACGUCGCAAUGUGAGUGCAUCCGUUCGGAGAAUUCUACGACAAAAGAAACAUCGCCUGGAGGCCACUGAUGUGCACAUCAGCAGCACAGUGUUCGGUGCUCUCCAACAGGAGGCAAAGGAUGCGGCGCUCAGCUCAGAUAUGCUCAGCGUCUGCAGCGAGGUGAUGGCCAGUCAGCCGAUAGUACUGCGGCAGUCUGCCACGGAGCUUAAUGCAACCAAUUCUCUGCUCUAUCAGUUCGAGAGCUACAUGGACGCCCUGCCUGACCAGCUGGUGCCGCAUCAGAGUUGUGGGCGAGUGGCUGUGGCUUCGUUUAACUUUUCCAGUGAAGAGGAAACUGGGGUGGAGAGCAGAAGCUUCACAGAGAUAGGCGUGCAGGCUUUGAUGAGCAACAAUCUUAGCGUUUUCUUUGUGAAUCCCACAUGCGACAAUAUUUCGGGCAUUGCCAUAUACUCGAAAGGAGCGCCUCAGUUACAACUGGCUCAUGGAGGAUUUUGGUACCGCUUUGUCCAUACCCAUGAGACCGUAACCCUGUUGAAGGAGGAGCCCAAUUUAGAAGCUGCUACUUUUCUCAAUCAGCAGUUGUUGGAGGCUGUGCAGCAUGACGGUGGCAACUAUUUGGUCUUCAAAGUAUACGCUAAUGACGCAUUAUUCGUGGAGAGGGCCACGGAACGUAAGCGACGACCGCGCAGCAAGGUGCUCUCCAUUUCCAUCCCCAACUAUGCAGCUCAACUACCUUAUAAGUUGCCCUUUCUGUUGCGCACUGAAAACCAGCAGAGUCCGGAGGGUGGAUGCGGCUACUGGAACUAUGAGACUUGGCUGACCGAUGGCGUUGAGACGACCAAAGGGAACUUGUCAGAUGUCACUAGUGUCUGUUAUACGAGCCACCUGACACAGUUCACGUCACUGGUCGGCGGCAAUUAUCGGAUAAAUGCAGACGGUCAGGAAGUUUUGAUAGCACCGCUACAUGCAAAAGUUCUGGACAUUAUCUCGAUUGUGGGCUGCUGUCUCUCGCUGUUUGGUCUAUUGGGCAUCUGGCUGACUGCGGCAAUAUCUAAGAGGUGGCGUAAUCAGUCCUCGACAAAGGUGCUCCUUCACCUAUGCCUGGCCUUGACGCUUCAGAUGGUGCUCUUCGUUUUCCUGAAUACCGACGACACUGUCGAGCAUUUGAUCACAACGCAGAGCUACGAUCGGUGCGUGAUUUUGGGAGCCUUGCUGCAGUAUUCGGUGCUGGUCCUCUUCAGCUGGAUGCUGAUCAUUGCCUUCCUACAGUUCCAGCGUUAUGUGACAGUGAUUGGCAUUAAUCGACCGGAUCACUAUGUUCUGAAAGCUGCUGUUGUGGCCUGGACGAUGCCCCUGCUACCCACACUGCUGGUGGCUCUCAUUGAUCCGACAUCAUAUUAUCCCUCAGAUGUUCAGCUACAGACGGACACGGGCAUCUGCUACCCCACUGGAUAUGGCCUCAUUUUUGGAGUCGUGCUGCCCGUCACGCUUAUCACAAUCGCGAAUCUAAUCAUUUUUGUAUAUGUCUUCUAUAGUAUAACGCACUCUCUGGGACAGACGUUGAGACACACAGAGCGGGAUCUUGUCAUCAAACAGAUACGGCUCUCGGUGUUGCUAUUCUUCUUGCUCGGACUCUCCUGGAUCUUUGGUAUCUUUGCCUUCAUGCAAGCAGGCGUUGUCUUCUCCUACCUCUUCUGUCUCACAGCUACGCUGCAGGGCUUCGUCCUCUUUGUCUACUUCGUGCUGCUCGAUGCGGACAAUCGACGUUCCUGGCUGGGACUGUUCUGUCCCAAGCAGAAGACAGAUGUGGAUUUGCCGAAAUCUAGGCACGAGCUGCAAUCUUUGACCACCUCAUCCACAAAUUACUCGAGGAGAUCCCAUCACUAGA